CAAAGUCUACUGGAGAGCCUCAUCAUGUGUUUCUGAGCUUCUGCUGGCGCGCGACGGGGCAUUGUUGCCGGUGCCGUCAAAGGGAACUGGCGGAGCUUACCCCGCAUUCUCCAGCGAUCCCCGUCCGUGCGUGCAGCUCACUCAGGCUGGGUGGGUCGCGAUUGGACCAUGGUGCCGUGAUCAAGUGACUGUCUCCUGUCCUGGACGCCAGCUUGAAUAACCCCUCAUCGCCUGCGCCCUUUGCUCCUUCUCUUCUUCAUCUCACUCUCACCUGUGCCUGACCGACCAUUCUCUCUCAAGCACCAUACUUUGAGCCCAGUCCCUGAGCUCCAUCUUUCUAUCCAACCUCCCACCGGCCUUGUUUGCUGUGCCCCUCACAAUGGCAGCUGACACCGCAGACACCCUCCAGAAGGUCGACUCUCUCGUCGACGAGGGCAAGGACAAGGCUCCCGCAAAGCGGAGACAGAGCUCUCUGCGCGCCGAUGUCUUCAACAUGGCCGAUCUCGAGAAGGAAGGAAAGAAGAUCGAGAUUGCCCCUGAGACCCAGAAGCUGAACUGGAAGAUCAACAAGUCUCCCACAACCGUGGAAGACAGUGAGGUUCUCAAGAAACCUCUCACCACUCCCCUCGUUCGCAAGAUCGACCUGCACUUCCCUCUUGGGCUCGAGGUCACUGCACGGAACCUCAAGGGCGUCACCAUCAAGGAUGCGCUGGACGCCAUCUACAAGCAGUUCAGGAAGAAGGCCGACGAUGAGAUCGGCGAUGCUCCCUACCUUGCGGGUUUCGAGUGGGAUCCCGAAGAGUGUUACACGCGCUUCAUCGUGCACCAGAAGAAGGAAGGCGCACCCCCACCUUCCAAGAAGAAGAAGAAGGGUGGUGACGAGUAAUGAAUUACUCGCCCCCAACUUCCCCAACACGACUUCUUACACGGCCUCGAACACAUGCCUUACUCCGACCAUCGUUAGAUCGCGGACACAGAUAUGUUUUCGAGCGCAGGUGGAUUCCGAAAGGGAAGGGCGAAGCUCGCUCUAUCACGGACAGCAUGGCCUUGUGUACUGCGAGCCUGGCAUGGUGAGCGGUGCGUAUCGUCGUGCGGUUCGGCGGUCGGUGAGCUCUUGCGAGAUUUCUAUGGGUUGCUAGCCGGGUGAGGUGGUGGCAUCCAUUAUGUAUCACUUUACUGAGCGUUCCCUCUUGUCGCUGGACAGCGGCCUCUACAAUAGAGGAUGAUUAUUGCUCCA